ACAUCCGGUUAAAAUGGUGGAAAUCUUCAUUUACCAGAAAGUAGAUAAUAAACUGUUGAUACAAUGACACACGACAGGUCUGAGACUAAAUCAUCAAAAUUGUCAGAAAAAAGAAGUAGUGAUGAGAGAAGAGGCAAGGAUAGAGAGUCACCUCCUACAAAGGUUGUGAUUCGGCGCCUCCCUCCUUCACUGACACCGGAGGUCUUCCUUGAGCAGGUGUCACCUCUCCCCAAGUAUGACUUCUUCUACUAUGUCAAGGCUGACAUGAGCUUGGGACAGUAUGCCUUCACCAGAGCCUACAUCAAUUUCCAAAAUGCUGAGGACAUGUAUACCUUCAGAGAUAAAUUUGAUGGCUACAUCUUCAUUGACAGCAAGGGGAAUGAGUACCCAGCCAUUGUGGAGUUCUCUCCCUUCCAGAAAGUUCCAAAGAAGAAGGUGAAAAAGCCAGACACUAAGAAGGGGACCAUAGAACAAGACUCGGACUACCAGAAAUUUCUGGAAAAUCUGCAGAACCCAGAAUCUGAACCUGCAGCCACCAUCGACUCUUACCUGGAGGAGAUAGAACAGAGGGAGAGGGAGAUGAAAGCAAACCAUGGGUGUCCUAAAACAACAACACCACUGAUUGAGUACCUGAAGAGGAGGAGAGAGGAGAAGAAAGUGGCCAUCCAGAAAAUGCGUGAGGAGAGGAAGAGGCGUGAACUGGAGCGGAGGCGGGUGAAAGAGGAUGAGAAGAGGAAGAGGAGGGAGAAGGAGAAACUGAUGCGAGAGAAGGAGAAGAUGCGAGAGAAGGAUGGGAAGGACAAGGAUAAAGACAAGGACAAGGAAAAGGACUCGAAGAAAGAAGACCAGCCCGUGAAGCUGCUGAAGAACCCUGAGAGGGAGAAGGACAAGGAGCCAGUCAAACCAAAGGACGAGAAGCCAACAGGCAGGGAAAACCUACGCUUCUCAAAAGAAAACCGAGAAAGAGAAAAAGCCAAGAAUGAGAAAAGAGAUGAAAGACCGAAGUCCGGUAGGGACACAGGUCGGGGGGGAGACAAGGGCAGGCAGGGGAAGGAGGACAAGUAUGGCGACAAGUCGGGGGAUAGAUAUGACAAGUACGAGAAGUCCCGACCCAAUAGAGAGGAUCGAGGGGACAAGUCAAGAUCUUAUCGAGAUGACCGUCCGCCGGACCGACUCCGGUCGAGGAAUGACCGGGAUAGAGACAGGGAUCGUGACAGGGAUCGCGACAGGAUGAGAGAUGAUCGUCCAAAGUCUGGUGGCUACGGCAGGAAACAGGAUGGGUACUAUGACCGUGAUGACAGACCGCCACGUGGUAACAAUGACGACAGAAAGAAAAGUGACCGCUACGAUGACCGACCAAGAUCAAGUGGUUCCAACACUGACAAUAAGCGAAAACAAGACAGUUCACAAAAGGAUGAUAAGAAAGAUGAGCGGAGAGAGGAGAAGCCGAAGUCUGGCGGCAAGAGUGGGUCGGAGGAGAAGCCGAAGUCUGGCGGCAAGAGUGGGUCGGAGGAGAAGAAGAAACCAGAGACAUCGCAGGAGUCAAGCAGCAAGAAGGAAGGGGAGGCAACUCGUCCUGAGCGUGAGCGACACAAGGUUGAUAGUAAGAGUGGGGAAAAUUGUAACGAGGAUCCUAAGGAUGUAAAAAUAGACGACAAACGGAAAGACGAUAACCGAUCGAGCUCUUCGAUCAGUAGAGGAGAGGAGAGUGAAAAAAGUGGACAGGAAAGUUUGGGGGACGGUGAUGAGAAAAAGAGACGACGCAGGGAUCGGCCAGAGAGACAGAUCUAUGUCCCACGGCGAGCGCUCGAGAGGCAGAAACAGGAAGCAACCAAAGACGGGAAGGAAGGUCAAGGUGACAAGGCUCAAAGUGCAGAGAAGUGCGACAGCGAAAAGGGUCAAGGUUGAAGCAAGGACAGGAUUUUAUUUAUUGAGUUUUACUGAGCGUCAUACGAGUCCCUUGAAGUGACGUAUAAUGCAUGAAUGGCACACUGAUAUGUAUGUCCAUACGGAGAUGCACUUCAUUUGAUAUUUGGAGAAGUAUUUGAAAGGUGGGUGGGAAAUAUGAAACUCAUCACAUACAUAUGUUCAAAUUCUAUCGGAAUUCUUUUUGUUUUUGGAAAUGGUUAGAAUAUUUUGAGACAAGACAUAUGCAUUCUUUAGUUCAUGUUUUCAUAAUUUUCGUAUCACAGUAAGGUGCUCAACGUGUCUGAUUUUUCAUGUGCAUGGAUCUAUUCGUUUCAUUUGUAUUUUUCCAAAUAAUGUUUGAAGUCCAUGAAAGUGUGCUGGGCAUAUUGAUCAUGAUGUGCAGAAUGUACACUGAUGACAUGUGGCUGUGGAGGACAGAAUGUCCUUGAUCACAGUGAGAUGAGCAACACUGCAGGUGUUCUGCUGGUAAUAAACAUGUGUAACAA